AUGGGAACCAGGAGGGUGCUGGUGACUGGCUGCUCCUCAGGCAUUGGCUUGGCUGUGGCUGCACGGCUGGCCAAAGAUGAGCUCAGACGGUUUAAAGUGGUUGCCACAAUGAGGGAUCUUGGGAAACGAGGGCCCUUGGAGGAAGCGGCGGGUGACUCCUUAAACAAAACCUUGGAAAUCAAACAGUUAGAUGCCUGUUCUGAAUCCUCCAUCAGAGAGUGUGUCAACAGCCUGCCGGACAGACGGGUGGAUUAUGACGUUAAAUACUCUGCUGUUAUAGUGAACAAUGCUGGUCUUGGUAUGAUUGGACCUCUGGAGUGCCAAAGCAUUGAUGCCAUGAAGGAGCUCUUUGACACAAACUUCUUUGGCCUGGCACGUCUGGUGAAAGAGGUCUUCCCUGACAUGAAGCGGAGGCAGAGCGGCCAUAUUGUCGUGAUGAGCAGCGGCAUGGGAACACAGGGACUUAUUUUCAAUGACGUUUAUUCAGCCUCCAAAUUUGCUGUGGAAGGAUUUUGCGAAAGUCUGGCAGUGCAAGCGUUGAAGUUUAACAUCAAAACAUCACAAUAUGACUCAUUGACUGUAAUGUAACUUUUUUAUUUACAUCUCUGUGUGGUGUAUGAAGACGCUGAGAGUAUGGAUCUUUCAGGGACGGAUUUCUUUCGUGAAAUGUACCUGCUAUACUCUAAAAAGAUUUUUGCCUCAUUAGGCCAGACACCAGAGGAAGUAGCUGAGCAAACCGUUAAAGUGAUCACAGACAAGGAACCCCCUCUGCGCCACCAGACAAACCGCCUGUACAUGCCCAUGACUGCACUGAAGCACGCUGAUCCCACUGGACGUCUGCCUCUGGAUUCCUUCUAUAAGAUGACCUUUAAACAUGACAAAGUGUUCAAUGCUACUCUAGCGAUGCUGCACUUACUGAAGAGAAUAGGAGGGAAGAAAUAA